AGCAGAAAAACGCAGAAGAGAGAGAGAGUGAGGGAGGGGGAGAGAGAAAGAGAGUUUUUGCAAUUCGUGAACCCUAAUUUUGAACAGAUCGGCGAUGGCUUCCUCUAAGGAUCGCGAGAACUUUGUCUACAUCGCCAAACUCGCCGAGCAGGCGGAGAGAUACGAAGAGAUGGUGGAUUCAAUGAAGAACGUUGCAAAUCUAGAUGUUGAACUGACAGUUGAAGAGCGAAAUCUGCUUUCUGUUGGUUAUAAGAAUGUGAUUGGUGCUCGCAGGGCUUCGUGGAGGAUCUUGUCUUCCAUAGAGCAAAAGGAAGAAACAAAAGGAAAUGAGGUAAAUGCGAAAAGGAUUAAGGAGUAUAGGCUUAAGGUUGAAGCAGAGCUUUCAGACAUCUGUAAUGAUGUUAUGAGAGUGAUCGAUGAACACCUUAUACCUUCAGCUACAGCUGGUGAAUCAACUGUGUUUUAUUAUAAGAUGAAAGGAGAUUAUUAUCGUUAUCUUGCAGAAUUCAAGGCAGGCAAUGAGAAGAAGGAGGCUUCUGAUCAGUCAAUGAAGGCAUAUGAGUCUGCUACUACUGCAGCAGAGGCUGAAUUACCCCCAACACAUCCCAUCCGAUUGGGUCUGGCUUUAAAUUUCUCGGUUUUCUAUUAUGAGAUCUUGAAUUCCCCAGAAAGAGCAUGUCAUCUUGCAAAGCAAGCUUUUGAUGAAGCUAUUUCAGAGCUUGACACCUUGAAUGAGGAGUCAUACAAAGAUAGCACCUUGAUCAUGCAACUUCUCAGGGACAACCUGACCUUAUGGACUUCUGACAUCCCAGAAGAUGGAGAAGAUGCCCAGAAAGCAAAUGGCACUGCCAAGCUUGGUGGAGUCGAGGAUGCUGAGUGAGGCUGAUGGCUGGUGGCAACUUCCGUAGGAUUUGAUGCAUGUGUUUGGGAAUGAUGCGUGAGGGCUGAUUACUUGUCUGUGUAUUAGCUAGAGAUAGGGUUCCAUUGUUUCCUCUUUCUCCUUGUUUCCUGUUGAUUGGCCAUACUUCCCAAUAGGGGGAAAAGAAACUCCAUUUGUGCUAUAAUAUGUGUGUGGUGUCUGGAAAGGGCCUAUUUCAUUCCUAAGCUUUUCCUCCUGUCUGUGGGGGAUUGAUUGAUGAGGAUUGCUUAUGGUGUAUUUCCUGUUCCAAUGAAAUGCUGCAACUUUGUGGAGAUGCUGCAAUAGUGAAAGAUUGUUUCUUCGAUAAUCA